AUGGGGGACGCCUUCAUCCGCCACAUCGCCCUGCUGGGCUUCGAGAAACGUUUUGUCCCCAGCCAGCACUACGUGUACAUGUUCCUGGUGAAGUGGCAGGACCUGUCCGAGAAGGUGAUCUACCGCCGGUUCACUGAGAUCUACGAGUUCCACAAACUGUUGAAAGAGAUGUUCCCCAUCGAAGCAGGGGAAAUUAACCCGGAGAGCCGCAUCAUCCCCCACCUCCCAGCCCCCAGGUGGUUCGACGGGCAGCGGGCGGCCGAGAGCCGCCAGGGCACGCUCACCGAGUACUGCGGCGCGCUCAUGGGGCUGCCCGUCAAGAUCUCCCGCUGUCCCCACCUGCUGAACUUCUUCAAGGUGCGUCCGGACGACCUCAAGCUGCCCGCGGACAGCCAGGCAAAAAAGCCGGAGACGUACUUGGUGUCCGAAAACGCCAAGAGCAACGUGGCAGACAUCACGGGCCCCAUCAUUCUGCAGACCUACCGCGCCAUCGCCAACUACGAGAAGCGCUCGCCCUCAGAGAUGGCCAUGGCCACGGGGGACGUGGUGGAUGUCGUGGAGAAGAACGAGAGUGGCUGGUGGUUCUGUCAAAUGAAGACCAAGCGUGGCUGGGUCCCCGCGUCCUUCCUGGAGCCCCUGGACAGUCCUGAUGAGCCAGAGGACCCAGAGCCCAACUACGCAGGUGAGCCCUACGUCACCAUCAAAGCCUACACCGCCAUGGAGGAGGACGAACUGUCCCUGGCCCAGGGCGAAGCCAUCGAGGUCAUUCACAAACUCCUGGACGGCUGGUGGGUGGUCAGGAAGGAGGACGUCACCGGCUACUUCCCGUCCAUGUUCCUGCAAAAGUCGGGGCAGGACCUGACCCAGGCCCAGCGCCAGAUCAAGAGCCGGGGGGCGCCGCCCCGCAGGUCGUCCAUCCGCAACGCGCACAGCAUCCACCAGCGCUCGCGCAAGCGCCUCAGCCAGGACACCUACCGUCGCAACAGCGUGCGCUACCUGCAGCAGCGCCGCCGCCUGCUGCCGCCCGGCCAGCGCGGCGCCCGGAGCCCGCUGCAGGAGGAGCCGCGGCCGCAGAGCGCGAAGCCGCAGCCAGCGGUGCCCCCGCGGCCCAGCGCCGAGCUCAUCCUGAACCGGUGCAGCGAGAGCACCAAGCGGAAGCUGGCGUCGACCCUGUGAGGCCGGGCCGCCCGCGCCCUGCCUGCAUAUGCUUGUACAUAGCACGGGGCCUGGACGCCCAAGGACAGUCGCCGGGACCGUACUGAGGCUCUGCAGAGGCAGCGCACCCGGGCUCCGCCCCGCGGGUGUUUCCAGAGUGAGGACAGAGGGCUGGGGGUUGCUGGGGGGAAGUUCGGUGCGUGCCGCCCAGCCUUGGGCAAGAGCACUUUCGCAAGGGCGCGAGGAACUCCAGUCCCCGCUGCCCGCUGAUCUGGACGGGGCCGCCUGCACGCACUCCACGGGGAGAGCUCACGACAGCAUGGGCCCGUGGGGCGGGGGGGGCCCGGCUGUCAUUUGGGUGAGGUGGUGGUGGGGUCCUCUGACCACUCCCAGAGACCCCACUCCAGUUGGGAGAGUGUCCCCGGAAGCCGAUACUCCUCGAUGGACAGAGCCUGGCCGCUGACUGCGGCACCGGUGCCCGCCCUGGGGAGCCUGUCCCGGGACGCAGAGCUACGUGGGGUGCAGGCCCGGCUGCGCAUCUUGCAGAAGAGCCGGGGCAGGGGCUGUGCAGGACCCGCAAGGCUGGUCUCCCACGCUGCUCAGGGGAAUAAUGGGACCCCCAGCCCCAACUCCUCUGCUUGUACGGCCGCAGUUACAACCUUUCCAUUAAAUAAAGAGA